AUGGUCAACCUUGAGAUUCCAUCCUCAUAUACGCUCUCACCUUCUGAAGGUACACCACAUUUGACUAUCAAUCGAGAGGCUACUAUUGAUCUCGAUUCUAGCAAUGCCUUUGAAGGACCUGAGAAGCUGUUGGAGGUCUGGUUCGCUCCAGCACCCGAAGCCCUCCCCCCCGGAUCUCAAAAGAAUGGCUUGAAAGCCGUGACAGUCGAUAAAUGGAAGGAAAUGUUGGAUCAAGUCAAUUGCAAAAUCCUUUCGGUGGUUGAAUCUGAGCAUGUCGAUGCCUACCUCCUUUCUGAGUCGAGCAUGUUUGUCUUCCCUCACAAACUCAUCUUGAAGACCUGCGGUACUACUACGCUCCUCUUCGGACUUCAUCGUAUGCUGAGUAUUGCGGCUGUGGAUGCCGGGUUUCCAUCUCAAAGCACUGGUUCCAUAGACAAGACCCAGGUAGCAGCUACGCCAUACCGAGUUUUCUACAGCCGAAAGAACUUCCUGUUCCCAGACAAGCAGCAUGGACCACACCGUAGUUGGAAAGAAGAGGUGAAAUAUCUUGAUCACAUGUUCACAGGAGGUAGUGCGUAUAUGGUCGGCAAGAUGAAUGGGGAUCACUGGUACCUCUAUCUGACCGCGCCAAACACUACGCUUGCUCCAUCACGUACCCCGGAACACCAGAGAACGGUCACCGAGACAAAGGUCCUGCAGGUUCCAGCCAGUACGGCCUUUGCAGUUGGGCAGAGUGCCUGGCGCACUGAUGACGAGACUCUUGAGGUCCUCAUGACUGAUCUUGACCCAGAGAAUGCCAAGCAAUUCUAUCUUGAACACGCGAGUGCGGUCGCGGAAGAGAAGUAUUCAAAGAGGGUUAGGGAGGUCGCCAAGGAGGGCGCAUCGGUUCAUGAUGAUACCUUCGACGUCUUCAGCAACACCUCUUCGGAUCACAGCGCUUAUACUCCUGAUUAUGAUGUUGACUUCCCCGAAGAGCUCAGUAGCCAGGUCGGCACAGAAGGUCACUCUCUUGGUACGGUUGUCUCCGAGGCUUGCGGUCUUUCGGAGGUUUAUCCGACUACUAUAUAUCCCGAUGCACGUGUUGAUGCCUACCUGUUCACACCAUGUGGAUUCUCUGCCAAUGGUGUCAUUCCAGCUCCGGAUCAAGCAGGUACUGCCACGCACUACUUCACGGUUCAUGUCACUCCAGAGCCUCUGUACUCCUAUGCGUCCUUUGAGACCAACGUUCCAGCACGCCGAAGCGGGGGUGAAACAGCUGAGGUGAUCGAGCGUGUCGUGGAUAUCUUCAAGCCAGGUCGGUUCAGCGUUACGCUCUUCGAAGCCAAGGCUGAUCCAACUGAAGUCCGCGAACUGGGCUUACUGGGCGAUUCCGCAGCAAAUGCCGAGGCGGUCGAGAGGGGCAGGAUCAGGAGUGCGAGAAUGGACAAGAUCAAAGGGUACAGACGGGUGGACAGGAUCGUGCAUGAUUUCGACGGAUACGAGUUGGUGUUCCGUUACUACGAGCGUAAUGACUGGGAUAGCAGUGCUGGACCGCGACUGGGAGAGAUGGAUGGCUGA